AUGGCCCAGCACGCAGACGAUCAGCAAUCUACCGCCGCCUCUUUACCGCCGGGUCCAACAGGCAGGUCUAGGUUCUUUGGGAUCCGCGACUUCUUCGACUUUGUCGAUACUCGCAUAACCAUGUCCCGCGUUGGUAGACUCUUCCAUCUGGCCGGCAGUGGCCAUCCAGAAGAGAUUCCUGAGACUACAUUUCUCAAGGAAGUGAGAGCCGGGUUGACGACUUUCGCCACCAUGGCGUACAUCAUCGCUGUCAACGCAUCUCUCCUAGCUCAGACGGGGGGCACUUGUGAUUGCGACAUGGCAGACAAGCGCAGAUGCGACACCGUUCCAGAAUUCGCCGACUGCAAGGAACAAGUUCGACGCGACCUCGUCACCGCCACGGCCGCCAUCGCCGGCAUGGCAUCCGUAACCUUUGGCGCAGUCACCAACCUCCCCGUGGCCCUCGCCCCAGGCAUGGGCCUCAAUGCCUACUUCGCCUUUCAAGUCGUGGGCGUCAACGGCAGCGGCGACGUGUCCUACCGCACCGCGCUCACGGCCGUCUUCUUCGAGGGCCUCAUCUUCAUGGCGCUCGCGCUGACGGGGAUGCGGCAGUGGCUCGUCCGGUUGAUCCCAGCGACCAUAAAGACAGCCACGGGCGUUGGUAUCGGCUUCUUUCUCACCGAAAUCGGGCUGUCGUACUCGGCGGGCAUCGGUGCCAUCACUGGCGGAGGCAGCUCGACGCCCCUGGCCAUCGGCGGCUGCCCCCUUGAGAAGCUCAACCCACAGACCGGCCAGUGUGACUCGGGCCAGAUGGCGAAUCCAAAGCUGUGGGUUGCCGUCUUUUGUGGUGGCAUCGUGACGUCCUUCUUGAUGGCAUUUCGUAUCAAAUACUCGCUCAUCAUCGGCAUCGCUCUGGUCUCAAUCCUGUCCUGGCCGCGACACACGCCCAUCUCAUACUUCCCCGACACACCCGAAGGCGACUCACGCUUCGAGUUCUUCCAGCAAGUUGCCGCCUGGCACCCCAUCUCCAAGACACUCAACCAGCUCGACUGGACGUUCGGGUCCAGCGGCUCGCACUUUGCCCUCGCGAUAUUCACCUUCCUGUACGUCGACAUCAUCGACGCCACGGCCACGCUCUACUCCAUGGUGCGCUUCUGCGGCGUCGUGAACCGCAAGGACGGCGACUUCCCCCGGUCAACGGCCGCGUACUGCAUCGACGCCGCGUUUAUAUCCAUUGCGGCGCUCUUUGGCUGCUCGCCCGUGACGGCCUUCAUCGAGAGCGGCGCUGGGAUUGCUGAGGGCGGUCGCACGGGACUGACUGCCAUUGUGGCGGGUCUCUGCUUCAUCGGUGCCGUCUUCUUUGCGCCUAUAUUCGCGUCCAUCCCGCCCUGGGCCACGGGCUGCACCUUGGUUCUUGUCGUCGAGGUUGGCUGCAUGAUGAUCCGACAGAUCACCCAAAUCAACUGGCACUAUAUCGGUGACGUGCUCCCGUCGUUUGUCGUCAUGGCCUUUAUCCCGUUCAGCUACAGCGUAGCCUACGGCCUUAUAGCGGGCCUCUUCGUGUACGCCAUGCUCAACGGCCUGGUUGGCGUCGUGGUCUGGUGCAGUGGUGGCCGCAUCGAGCCUCGAGAGUAUGACCUAAAGGAGUACUGGACGUGGCGAGGCGGCGGUCGUGCUCCUUGGCUCGUCAGGGCCAUCAAAUCUCAUUGCCGCAGACCACGGGCGGCAGAAGAUGCCGGCAGCAUCAGUGGCCUCAGCCUCGAGGAAACUCAGGUAGGCUCAAUGCAGGCGGCAGAGCGGCGAACCGACCUGCCCUCCAAGGAGUAUCCGGAACACGUCGCGGAGCCAGCAACACCUGGCCAGGCAGCAUCCGCGACCACCUAUCGCUUAGGGCGCUGA